UAUUGGUCACUAUUAUAUAGUUCUGAAUCUGCUGUUGCAAGUUCAAAUACCUAGAACUGCAUAUGCGUGAAUAUGACACUACAUGAACAUUGACACUACAUAUAGACAACAGUUUAACUUGGAAUGCCUAAACUUAUGGAAUUGUCAAGAAACCCGUGAGAAGCCGCUAGGAUGCUCUUUUAUAUAAUGCUGCUCUUCCUGCUUCCAGGUCUGCUGCUUCUUUUAAGACGAGUUCUUGGUAAACGAUUGCUUCCAAAGAUCGGACUUCCACCCCCUGUAGUCUCAACAAAAAAUGGACAGGUGAUGGGUUCUUGGAGUUACAGUGGAAAAGGAAAUAGAAUGUUCGCGAAUUUUCAAGGGAUUCCGUAUGCCAAGCCCCCCUUGGGAAAACUCAGAUUUUUGAGACCUGAGCCUGUGGAGAACUGGGAGGGAGUGAAGGUUUGCACUAAAUCCAUAGAAUUCGUUCAGAAAAAUAUCUUCAAGAAAGGAACACCAAGUAUUGGAAACGAGAAUGCGCUGGUUUUAAACAUUUACUCACCAAAUUUGAAGGGAAAUUUUCCAGUUCUUGUUUUCAUUCAUGGGGGAGGUUUUACCAGUGGUUCCAAUUCCUCCAUGUUGUAUGGUGGCGAGCAUUUUAUGGAUAAAGAAGUUGUUUUAGUAGCAAUAAAUUACAGACUCUCAGUUCUCGGGGGAUUGUUUUUAGACGGAGAUAAAGUUCCUGGAAACCAGGGGAUGAGAGAUCAAGUUCUAGCUUUAAGGUGGAUUCAGGAUAAUAUCGGGCCAUUCGGAGGAGACAAGGAUAGGGUCACAAUUUUCGGAGAAUCUGCAGGUGGUAUGAGUGUGAUGAAUCAUAUUCUUUCUCCGAUGUCAGCUGGACUUUUCAGUGCUGCAAUAUCACAGAGUGGGGAUUCUACCUCUCCCUUCUGCUGUUCAAGUAAACACCCAGCACAUUAUGGAUACAAGUUAGUUGAGAAGCUGGGAAUAAAUCCUAAAGCUCCGAUUGAUGAAAUACUUCUUCAACUUCAGAGACGGGAUGCCCAUGAAAUCCAAGACCAAGGAUAUAUGUUUGAAGAAUUUGUCAGAGCACCACUUCCAUUCAAGCCGAUUGUGGAUGGAGGACUUGUUCCCGAUCCCUUUCUACCUGAAGAACCUAUGGACCUCUUGAGAAAAGGCAAGUUUAACAAAGUUCCCUUUAUCACUGGAACUAAUAAGGAUGAGGGUCUUUUACUGAAGGCCUUUUAUCUGGCUGCGCCUGGAGGAAAAUCUAACUUUAAAACAGCCUGGGACAAAUUCAACACUAUUGGACCUCUUGCUUUCUUUGCCAAGGAAAGAGAUGAAGUUACAGCUGAAGAAUCUAAAGCUUGCGAAAACUAUAAAAAGAAAUAUUUUGGAGAAACUCCAUUUUCACACCAGGGUAGAGGAGCGGAAGGUUUAGUGAAAAUGUACGGGGAUAUGCUGUUUGCUGCUCCAACUGAUAGAACUUCAAGGUGA